AUGGAGCACAGGAGCCAAAGAAAUCAACAGUCUCGAUGGGCUCAUCAAGGUCCAACUCUUACUCCAAAUACUACCAAAGCACUGAUAGCUUCUUUUGCUACUGAAGUACCGUCGUCUACCACUUCGCCUGACUCCUUAUAUUCAGCCAACUCACCAACUUUCCGAUCUCCAACUUUUCCAAGCGAUGCAGCUUUUGAGUAUGAUAAUAGUCUUGAGGAAGUGCAGGCUGAAGCGUACGACGAGAUGAGAGAGCCUAUCGAUGUGGACGAUGAUGAAAACUUUGAUAGCCCCCGAUGGACCGGACAAGGUAAUAGACGGCCUUCAUGGGCUUUAUCGGCCGUAGGCUCUGUCAUUUCACUCUCACCGAGAGGCAGUUUCAGUGGAAGUAUAGAUAGCAGAAGAGGAUCGGUACCAAAAGCACCUAAGAUACCACAUGAAUCACGAAGACCAUCGACUGCAAGUUUCCUAGGAUUUGACCUGGCAAGCAACAGACGGCCGUCAAGUGCGAGAAGCUUUUCAAUGAGACGACGAUCAAGUGCUUAUUCUGCUGGCUCUGGAUCCCUUUUCGACCCAGUCGAAGAUUCAAGGCUGAGAAACAUAGCAAGUCUCGAACUAUUGCGCAGAAGGUUCUCAGAGGUCGUCGACGUGGUUUACUCGAGUGACGAAGAAGAAGAAGUCAGAGGUGCUUGGGCAUAUCAAUGGUCGCCUGCUACCGAAGAAACAGACUAUGAUGAAGACGAUUCCGAGAUCCACACGGCUCCUUAUGUUCCAACGCCUGAUUUGCGUACUGGAUCAAUACCUUCUUUGUACUCGAAUUUCCCACUCGAAUCAGUGGCAAUGGUUCCUGCUCAUCCUCAAGAGGACAAUGAGUCAUCCCCGUUGGACUCAUCACCGCUUCUACAAGCACCUCGAUUCGCUAUUCCAACAAUGCAAAUGAUUGGUACACCCCCGCCUCCAGCUCAACCCAACGCGAUUCUAAGAAACAGGAGUCGGCCUGUCUUGAAUCGUUCCGCUACUACCUAUGUUCCACCUCGAUCUAUAGGUGUUCCACCUGGUGCGGCGCCUCCUCGACCAGGACUAGCUAGAUCAGUAUCAAAUCCAUUUUUCUCCUCCUCUACAUCCUCUCAAGAGGCUGCAAAAGCCCUUGAGAUAAGAGCAGCAGGAUCGUUUCCCAUAGCCAGAGCCACUCCACUCGGAACUUCGCCACUUCGAGAAUCUAUGAGACGCCAGUCAGUCGUUUCUGAUGGUGAAGCUCUCAGAAAAGGCUCUCUAGAUGACCGCAGACGAAGCUCCCUUGCGCCGAUAGGCCAGCGAGAUCGGAGAAGUGGCUCAACUACUUCUGAUAAUGAGGCUACUCGACGCGCUUCGUUGGCGGAAAGAAGGUUAUCCUUGGUUAAGGAAAGUGCUCUUCGACGUAUGUCAGGAGAUGUUAGGCGAUCUUCGAAAACCACGCCAAACUCGCGUAAAUCGUCUGAAAUCAGUUUAGGGAAGCAACAAGCUCAAUACGAUUACAAACGACCGUCAAGAGAUUCAAGAAAAUCCUCAGUGGUCAGCAUUGGUGAAUAUGGAUAUCUAGCUCCCCAGAUCGUCAUCGAUGCCCCGACGAUAUCACCUCCCCUGCAAGCCACACCAACGGUGCCGUCUACAAAUCUAACCAGUGAAUUACCCCGACUACGAGCAAAUGCACCUCCUUCAAUCGUUCUCCCAGCUUAUACAUUUCCAUCCCCUGCGUCAACAUUCACAACGAGUCCCAGCAGUAGUACCCCCAGAUUUCAUCCUUUGGCUCAUUUCUUAAAUAAUGCUUCACCAACAUCAUCCAGCCCUCAAGAUCCAUUGACUCCUAACACUAGUAGGGGGUUCUUCCCGGCCGUAAACACCACCUCUCCCAAGCUGAAUAUGAUCAAUCGAGGUAGACCGAUCGCUUCACCAGAGUUCGCAUCGUCAUCUUCAUUGCCCUUCCGGUCACCUCAACCACCUUCCCCCAAGUCGUCGCCAGUCAUUCCUGUCCAGGAUGUCCCUCCUCUCCGCCGACCAGUGGAAGCCGAACAACCGUCCCCCAAAACUGUUGGAACUCAGCGCAAACCCGUUCCACAAUUAUCCAACGAGGAUUUGAGAGCGAAACGAAUGGAAGAAGAGAGAUUACGCUCGCCUAGUGGAGACAUGGCACUCAGACAGCUUGAAAGUAGGAGAGGAGCGACUUCUUUUGCUGUAGGUCGACAAUUGGCAUCAUCCAAUGAAAUAGCCAGAGUCAAAGGAGCGGAUCACCGAAGAACCAUCAGUAUAGAAGAUAUGCACCUGGUUUUAGCAAAUGAACGGUCAGGUGAACUGGGGGACACGACACGGCCGAAUUUCAGGAGACAAGCUACUUUAUCCCCUCAAGCGAAUAAAAUUUCGAGACCAACAAUGACCAGAGGUAUCUCUGUUCCUGUACCGAUGGCUUCUGACUAUACUUUCCCUUCUCAUUCGUCUUCUUCCGAAAUCAGACGCGAGAGAAUAGCGGGAGAACCGCUGUACCAAUUUCCUCAGCCAUUAUCCAGGAAAACCCAGGGCAUCAAGUACCCUUCACAACACCUACCAUUGGAUCAAAGAAAAUCUAUAACUUUUGUUGAACCUCCUUCACCUAGAAAUCUAAGCGCGAAACCAAAAAUGGACAGAACAUCCUCUUUCACUAGAUUUUUCCAGUCUAUGUCCAAAAAUCAUUCGUAG